CUCGCAGGAGAUGGGCAACAAGAAGCCGGAGAAGAAGGACGCUGCGGAGAAGGCGGCUGAGCUCGCGGCCAAGGCUCAAAAGUACCUGGUCAAGGCCAUCCAGGACGACAGCGUCAAGGCGAUAGAGUCGGCUCUCAAGAAGGGCGCCGACCUGCUGUCCGCCGAUGAGUACGGAAACACGCCGCUCCACGUCGCGGCCAUGUACGGCUCCUGCCACGCCAUUGGCUAUCUGCACGCGCACGGUGCCGACCUCUCCGCCCGAAACUUUGCCGGCUGCAACCUCGUGCCUCCAAAGGAGGGCCGGACGCCGCUCGAGUCGGCGCAGAAAGUUGGCGAGCCGCGCGCCAUCGAGAUGCUCACCGCCCUGGCUGAGGGCCGGCCCUUUGACGUCGAUGCGGCCGCCGAGGACUCUGAUGACGAGUUGCCGGGGGAGGAGGAGGCGGCCGCGUCUCCCGCAGCAGCAGCCACAGGGCAGGAGCAGGACUCUCCGGACGCCACAGCGUCGCAGCCACCGCAGGCGGCGAUGGAGGCGCUGAGCGUCGUGGCGCCUGGCGCCGCGUAGGGUGAUAGGCCUCACUGAUCUCCCAGCGGACGUGGAGUCGCCGGCCAACCUCGGCCGCGAGCCAGGCGGCGCUUGCGGUCGACCUGAUGCGGCGGUUGGUGAUUGGUUCUGCUCCUGGGCGAUGAGAUGCAUUGCAUCCCUGCACCGGCCCGCUCGACGACGCGAGAGUGCGGGAGAGCUCAGAGUGCGCGCGCGUGUGUGGCCGGCGGCCCACCGGCACCGCUGCGGGGCAGCGCGCGGGGCCCCACCGUGUCCACGUACCCCCCGACGGUCGGGUCGGGUCCCGUGGAGCGCGGUCGGCGUCGUGCGCACUGGCACGCGGCUGCGUGCCGUUUAACUCUCUCUGGGGAUCUCGCUC